AUGAAAGCAAUCCUAGUAUUAUCUAUUUCAUUAAUGAUGUUGAACUCAUAAUUUAUAAAGACAACCACUUCCAUUGCGGUAAGGACAUGACUUAAUUAAUCAAAGUGUGACUAAAGUAUCUACUUACUACCAGAUAUAUAUUAUGUGAAAGGAAGUGCAUCAACGAUUGUAGAGCCAACCUAAGCAGUAGUAACCUUAGAAAUAGAAGUCAAAGACGAGAAAGCUCAGAUUGCUUUGUAGGAAGCAGCCUAAAUUGCUGAAGAUGCUGUUAAGUACAUAAUAUACGAACUCACAUAGAGCCAUCAAAGAGAAUUGCUAAGGAGGAUUGAAGAUUCAAACAGAAGAUUUUACCAUUUAACCACAUAAAGAGUACAGCCAAAACUAACCAAAAGGUGUGACAUUUUCAGGCUUCAAAGUAAUCAAUAGAAUCACAGUAGAAACCCUGAACACCAGUGAUGUUGGAAAGUAAGAUUUUAUGUAUAAUAAUAGGAUCAUUGAUGUUGCAGUGAAAAACAAAGUAAAUAAAGUUAAUGGAAUUCAAUUCGAUGUGAGUAAAGAAGAGAAGAAAAGGUUGAAGAACGUAUUAGUUGAAUAAGCCAUUGAAGAUGCCAAACAUACAGUAAUAAGAUGAAAUUAUCUAAGGCUAAUGUGGUGUUGAAGGAAUUGAAUAUGAGAAUUGAGUCGAUCAAGUCUGUCCAAUUCUUGGAGAAUUAUGGAUCGCAAGCCAAAACUCAAAUGGAGUAAUAAGUGAAUGUUGGAUUUGUGAUUAGACCGAUUGAUUGA